CGUCUGCCUCGGGGCCCCGCGGCGGCUGUGAGAUGCAGGCGGGGUGCAGGGGGUGUUGCUUUCUAACUCCGGAGGGCCGCCUGGGCUCACGUGUUAAGUUUUAGUGGCCCCUAAACUGGAGGUACUUUGGAUCUUCAAAACCCGUGCAGCCCUUUGGUGUUGAGUGGCUGUCAUUCAUGGAUGUGCGGUUAUUUCUUUUUCGUUUUUACUGCCCGUACAGUUCCGUACCAUGUAGAAGGAAGAGCUAAAUAAUAUGAGUGAUGGAUUGACGAUUUCAGAUGGAGAUCUCCCAGUGAGCUUAUUUAAUGAGAAAGUGCCAUAGACUGCAAAAGCGAACAUGAGGGUGGCAGGUGUGGCAAAGUUGGUGGUAGCUGUGGCAGUAUUUUUACUGACGUUUUAUGUUAUAUCUCAAGUAUUUGAAAUAAAAAUGGAUGCAAGUUUAGGAAAUCUAUUUGCAAGGUCAGCAUUGGACACAGCUGCCCGUUCUACUAAGCCUCCGAAAUAUAAAUGUGGCAUCUCCAAAGCUUGCCCUGAGAAGCAUUUUGCUUUUAAAAUGGCAAGUGGAGCAGCCAACGUGGUGGGCCCAAAGAUUUGUCUGGAAGACAACAUUUUAAUGAGUGGUGUUAAGAAUAAUGUCGGAAGAGGGAUCAACGUUGCCUUGGUAAAUGGAAAAACAGGAGAAUUAUUAAACACUAAAUAUUUUGACAUGUGGGGAGGAGAUGUGGCACCAUUUAUUGAGUUUCUGAAGUCCAUACAAGACGGAACAAUAGUCUUAAUGGGAACAUACGAUGAUGGAGCAACCAAACUCAACGAUGAGGCGCGGCGGCUCAUUGCUGAAUUGGGGAGUACAUCUAUUACUAAUCUUGGUUUUAGAGAUAACUGGGUCUUCUGUGGUGGGAAAGGCAUUAAGACAAAAAGCCCUUUUGAACAGCACAUAAAGAACAAUAAGGAUACAAACAAAUACGAAGGCUGGCCGGAAGUCGUAGAAAUGGAAGGAUGCAUCCCCCAGAAGCAAGACUAAUGGAAACAUGGGGAUAGCCGAAGGAGGCGCACUUUCUCUACUAAUUGGGAAAGCUGUACCGAAGAAGCUACGUGUACAUAUUUGAAGAGCAUGCAGCCAUCUCGUUGUGUGCAUGAGCAUUAUCUCUUUUGAUAUCAGGAUUAUUUAUUGCUGACGUAAAUAGAGAUCUUUGUAAAUAGUCACCGUAAUGAGCAAAUCACCGAACCAUUUCUAAAAACAUUGCCCCGAUAUAUAAUGUUUAGAUGGCUGUGGCAAUACAUCUUUUAAUUCUAAAAGCGUAUCCAGUGGGUAAUUGAACAGAUCGUGAGACAUAUAUUGAUAUAUAUACUGGUUGCCAUGAAAAUCUGUCAUGGAAUAACAUGGAUUUUAGGAAGGAGAUGUACUUUCUUUUAUAUAUAUAGUCUUUUAAAUUAAAAAGAUAUUUGGCUAGCUGUGUGUGUGAUGUUGCUUUACAGUCUGACUCCCUGUGAACCCCCUUUCUUGGUCUUUCUCCUUCCUACCCCUCAUCUUUAGAAAACCUAGAAAUGUUUGAUAUGAAAACUUAAAAGCACAACAAAAUUCUUUUUUUAAUGUACACAGUAAAAAGUGAAUGUAUAAAUGUAGAUGGCUUUCGGAACUAUAGCUAGCAGGAUUUUGUGUUAGCAACAUGAAUAGCCGUAUACUAGCUACUUAGAGUUUGGCCAGUGGUGGUGACCCCACAAAACUGGCGAACCCGGCCAAGUCCCCACCCAACCUUAUGAGGUCAUUCGGGACGGCUAAGUUAGCCUAUUUAGGGCAGUACUGGCAUGCGUUUUCCCUAUUUGUUACAGCGUUGGUGGCCAAGUGAUUUGGAAAGAGGGCAUGCUUGAAUAUCAUGGUAAUUUUGAUUUGUAAACCAAGAAAUAAUUCUGUAUUUACUUCAUCUAACUUCAUAAUAGCAAUUUUUUACUGAAGCUAUAAUGCCAUAUUUAGAAAAGUCCUUGUUACUGAGAGGACUGAUAAUAACAUUUAGAAAAUAAUUUUAUUUGACCCAAAAUGGCUUUAUACCCAAUUAUACAUAAAAAUACAGACGAGAGACCUAACUUUUUUGUUAACUUCAGAUGUUCACUACAUGAUUAAAGUUUUUUUGUUUUUUUUUUUUAAUUAUUUUUUGGAGCAUUAAAUACUGUGUGUGAAGUAUCUAAACUGGAACAUAGACAAAUUUAAUAAUCAAACUGAUACAACUUAAGGCAGAACUUAAAUUUUGGAUCUAAAUUUUAGAUGACUUGUGUACAAAAACUAAAGCAGUAUUUAUUUUGCUAUAUACCAAGUUUCAAACUAUUCUGAUACUUCGUAAAUGUUAAUGAGCUUCGAGGUACUGUUUCUUCCCUGAAACUGAAUGUAAUUCAUGAAUAAAUGCACCAUACACAUUUAAGCAAUUUUUGUAAACUUUUCAGAUUUUUGGUGCUUAUUUGCUAAAUUACAUUCAGCAUGUAUAUUUUGACAUUUAAAAUACUUCUGUCAAUUCUGUAAAUUAAAAGAAGAGUUAUUUUACAGUUCCAGGAACUAUGAAAUAAAUGUUGCUUUUUUUUUUAAGUAAUGAAAAUAAAUUCUCUUGGUUUUGCAUUGUGAUUUUUUUUUUGUAUUCUAUAGCAAAGUAAUAUACCUAUGAAAUUUUACAUCACUGUCAAUGUUUGUCAGGCAUUUAUUGUACUGCCUAAAUCAUUCCAGUGUUGAAACAUACCAUUAUCCUCUGGAUAUAUCUUAAAGCAUAUAGAAUUUAAGUAUCAAGGUGGCAGGACAUCAUUUUCAAUAUAAAGACUGUAAAAUGAUGGCUUUUUUAUAAAAGUCUGUAAAAUGUCAAAAGAAGGGAUAAAGAUCGGCUGUGUAACUGC